CAGGAUCAUGUGACUGAUGUCAAAGUAAUAUUUCUCCGAGGAACAACAUUCAUUCAAACCAACUCAAAUCAGAAAGCAGAAAGAGUCACAAACCAGCUGAAAUGAACUGGAGUGAUUUCUACAAGAGUCUGUUUUUACUGGGGUUUUUCUCCAUUCAAACAAAUGCAGGAGAAGGAGUGAAAAUAGCAACAUGGGGAAGCGUCGAGCAGUCAUCAACACAUAGUGACUGGUAUGCACAAAAAGCUCUGGAUGGGGUAAAAUCCACCUGCACUCAUACAGAUUUAGAGAGUAACGCGUGGUGGAAGCUGGAUCUGAUGAAGGCGUACAACGUGAACAGAGUGACCAUCACUAACAGAAACGGGUGCUGUAGCGACAGGAUAAACGGGGCAGAGAUUCGGAUUGGAAACAAUUCUUCAAAUGUUUUCAGCAACCCAGUAUGUGCCGUAGUCUCUACUAUUCCAGAAGGAGCCACCUACAGCUAUCCGUGUUAUGGGAUGAAGGGACGUUAUGUUUCUGUGGAUCUUCCUGGACCUACAGCACAGCAUCUUACUCUCUGUGAAGUGGAGGUCUAUGAAGAAGAAGACCUUUGUGAAGAUGAAACCUAAACUAGAGUCCAGCUCCUGUCACAGCUUCAAUCUGCUUUGGUGGAACCAGGGUUUUCUGACGUGACUCUGAUAUGGUCUCAACCACUCAAACAGGAAGUGAUUUUUCUAUUCUAUCGGUUUUCUUUUUAUUUAUUAUAUUAGUUAAAAUCCCAUGCUACGUGUACUGUGUUAACCUAACUGAGACUUGUUAUAGCACUUAUAUAUCAUUGCUCUUUUUGUCAUU